GCCUGCUCCUGCUUUUCGUUCAACUCAACGUAGCAGUAGCUAAUUCACUGUUAAUAAUGACCGCUUUGAACGCAACUUUGCAAGCAGUUGGAUUACUUUAGUUUUUCCUUUGUGGCACUCGACCGAAGAGACACACAAAGCUGGCAGGUCCGACCGGAGAUUCUGGAGCUUGUAGAAAAGAAUACAACAACAACAAAAAAAGAAAGUAGUCUCUGCAGCAGCUUAGUUGCAUGCAAAAUAACGGCGUUCAUCUGAGGCUCCGGUUCUGAUCCGCUCCCUCACAGGGGGCAGAAUCACUUCGCCUUCGAGGACAACGAUGACCAGGAGAAGAAACUGAGGACCAGCACCUCGAAAAGGUCGUGACCCUGCUUUGGACGGAUGUCAUCCGGCUCUGAGAUUUGCAUGGGUCGUUCUCAUCAACCAAAGAUCUCCAGCGGCAGACCGAACAAACGUCUCGACUCCAGCAGGGCUCCAGCUGUCCUCAGCCUGCCUGUGGUCUGAGGGGACUCGCAUCAAAGCUCUCCAUUCUUGGUUUUGGUUCAUCACUGUGCUCCAUUAAAACUGAGCUUCCAUCAACUCUGCACAUGGAGGACUAUGACGUUCGCUCUGCCGCCAGCAUCCUGGCCUCGGUGAAGGAGCAGGAGGAGCGUUUUGAGCAGCUAACCCGAGCCCUAGAGGAGGAGCGCCGCAACGUCACCCUGCAGCUCGAGCGGGCCAAUCUGCCACCCAACCCCGCCAUCAGUCAGCCACUGGCAUGGCAGCAAGUGGUGAUGCAGGAGCAGAGCCCCGGUAACGCCACGUCCCUGGCUAUGAUGCAGGAGCCGCAGGAGCCGCAGGAGGUGGUGGAGGAGACGGUCACCAUAGAGGAGGACCCCGGCACCCCCACGUCUCACGUCUCGGUGGUCACCUCUGACGACGGGACCACGCGGCGCACAGAGACCAAGGACAUGUCAACCAAUGUGAAGGUGACUAAGAUGGUGAAGACGGUGACGACCAGAACAGUUCGGCAGGUUCCUCUGGGUCCAGACGGCUUACCUCUGCCUGAGGGCUCAUCCCCUCUGAGCAGCUACACCGACUCCAUCGACCGACGAUACAUGAAGAACGGAGGCGAACGCUUCAUCACACCCCAGGCAACCUCUACCUUGACCCGCGCCUACAACAACUCCUACAACGACUCGUAUGUGGAGACACCGGAGAGCCAGUACAUCCGUCACUACGGCCUCCACGACGGCUACGCGGAUUUGACGGACAACUACGGUAGCCUGUCGCGUGGCGUCAACUUCCGGCCGCCGCGCUACCCCUACAUGCCCAACAGCUACCGUCCAGAGAACAGCUACACUCUGCCAAUUAGAAAGGACGACUACGGCCAUGUGGCGCAGCCCCAGGUGCCCAUGGGGAGCAGCACAGUGGAUCUGAACCGCUCGCAACCUGAGCGAUUCCAACCCGAGCCGUAUGGUCUGGAGGACGAUCGUCGCAGUUUGGGCCCCGAAGAAGAGGAGCCGUACGAGCUGGAACCCGACUACUCCACCGCCAACCGCCGAAUUCUGCCGGGGACGAACCGGGGCCGCACUCACAGGGAACCUCUCCGCGAUGUGCACAGGGUCAGAGGGUACCCAGAUGACCCCAUUGAGGCAGAGCUGAUUGAUGAGCGCCACCCUUACAUCCAUGGUAUGUAUUCAGCACCACUUGCUCAGCCCGAGAGAGGAAGCAUGGCCAGUCUGGACCGAAUGGCCGGCCGGCGUUCACCUUCCAUCGACAGCAUUCGCAAGGACCCCCGCUGGCGAGACCCCGAUCUCCCCGAGGUCAUCGCCAUGCUGGGUCACCCCAUCGACCCGGUGAAGUCCAACGCCGCCGCCUAUCUGCAGCACCUCUGCUACGAGAAUGACAAAAUUAAGAAGGACGUCCGCCAGCUGAAAGGGAUUCCCGUUCUGGUCAGCCUUUUGGAUCACCCCAAAUCCGAAGUGCACCGCAAAGCCUGCGGCGCACUUCGGAACAUCUCCUACGGCAAGGAUAAUGAAAACAAGGUGGCUAUCAAGAACUGUGACGGUAUUCCGGCCCUCAUCCGUCUGCUGAGGAAGACCAACGACAUGGAGGUUCGAGAACUCAUCACCGGUACCCUUUGGAAUCUGUCGUCCUACGAGCCCCUGAAGAUGGUGAUCAUCAACCACGGGCUGCAGACCAUGACCAACGAGGUCAUAAUCCCCCACUCGGGGUGGGAGCACGAACCCAACGAGGACUCCAAGCCCCGGGACGCGGAGUGGACCACCGUCUUCAAGAACACGUCCGGCUGCCUCAGAAACGUGAGCUCAGACGGGGCAGAGGCUCGGCGCAGACUGAGGGAAUGCGACGGCCUGGUAGACGCUCUGCUGCACGCGCUGCAAUCCGCCGUGGGGAAGAAAGACAUGGACAACAAGUCCGUGGAGAACUGCGUUUGCAUCAUGAGGAACCUCUCCUAUCACGUGCACAAAGAGGUGCCUGGCGCCGAGAGAUUCCAGGACCCGUCGGCCCUUCAGGCCCCUGGAUCCGCGGGGCCACAAAGAAAAAAGAAGGAUGACGCCGGCUGCUUCGGGGGAAAGAAGGCCAAAGAGGAAUGGUUUAAUCAAGGCAGAAAGAAUGGAGAAAAUGACAAAAACUACGACACUUUGGAUCUACCUAAACGUACAGAGCCUUCCAAAGGCUUCGAGCUGCUGUACCAGCCCGAAGUGGUGAGGCUCUACCUUUCUCUACUGACGGAGAGCCAGAACUACAAUACCCUGGAGGCGGCUGCAGGGGCUCUGCAGAACCUCAGCGCUGGACAGUGGACUUGGUCCAACUACAUCCGAGCCACAGUGCGGAAGGAGAAAGGUCUCCCCAUCCUGGUGGAGCUGCUGCGCUCCGACUCUGACAAGGUGGUCCGAGCCGUGGCCAUCGCUCUGCGCAACCUUUCCAUCGACCGACGCAACAAGGAUCUGAUAGGAAGCUACGCUAUGCGGGACCUCGUCAGCAACCUGCCCAGUGGCCAGCAGCGACCAGCCAAGAACCUGGAGGAGGACACCGUGGUCGCCAUCCUCAACACGAUUCACGAGAUUGUGACGGACAGCUCGGAAAACGCUCGCUCCCUCAUCCAGGCCCAGGCCAUCGAGAAGCUGGUCGCCAUCAACAGGACCAGCCAAUCGGCUCGCGAAACAAAGGCAGCGUCGCACGUCCUGCAGACGGUGUGGAGCUACAAGGAGCUGAGGAACGCUUUGACUAAGGACGGUUGGAACAAGAGCCACUUCCAGCCCACUGUGACGGCCACACCUAAAGCUACCAAGAACGGCAAACCAGGUUAUGAUGACACCACUCUGCCACUGAUGGAGAAGAACCAAGACGGCUACUCCACCAUUGACCAGAGGGACAAGGACUGCAAAUACAAAACAGACGACGGGUCGGCGGACCUGACAGAACGGGAACCGUUAAAGAAUGACACAAAUAGGAAACACUAUAUCAGGAGUAACAGGCCUGCAGUCAGUCUGGUGGACGCUUGUGAUGUUAAACCUCAGCCUGUUGACUCCUGGGUCUAAGUGCAUGCAUGGCGUAAGGCAGCAAUAGUGCGGCAUCCCCAGCUACAAGAGGAUCUCUCAUAUCACCACUGCCAUUUCACAGGAGCUCGUUUUUGGAGAGGGACUUUGUACAGAGAAGAGGAUCUCAAAAGAAUAUGGCCAUAACAGAGACUACCCAGUAGCAGUUGAGUUUUCCAGAAGAAAAAAAAGAUAGAUAUAUAUAUCUAUAUAUAUCUAUACAGUUAUAGAUGUAUAUAGAUAUAUAUAUGUGUGAGUAAUGACACUUUCUACUUGGUCAUAUCUACAUUCCUCGACAUCAUGUGAAUUUUCCAGUGUGGACUCUUGUUCUGAGAGUAAAUUUGAUGGAGGCCGGCGAGAAGAAGAGGAAACGUAAAGCGGAAUAGAGGGAAAAAGAACGUGCAAUGAAAGGAUACGGGAAAAGGACACUCCUUCUUUUUUCUUUUUGUUGUGGUUAGGGGAGUUUUGGACAAUAUGGAUUUGUUUGAUUUUGGUACGUCGUUGUGAUCAGAGUUGGGGAAAGAGAGCAGAGAGAAACAAAAGGAGAUAGCAGAGCCUGAGAGGAGCCGUAGCAUUGUAGAGGAAAAGAGUAAAGAGUCUGUCCUUAUGAACUAAAAAAAAAGAAAACAAAUCCAUCUGGGUUCACUGUGUGUUUAUAUAUAUAUAUAUAGAAGGAAACAACAAAAAAACCUGCUUUUACUUCAGUAUUGUGCGUCAGGUGAUCAGAUUCAAACUGAUUCAUCAGAAUCGGGUGAUAUAUUUGUAGUCAAGAAAGUGCAAGUUGGGAUCUGGGGAGGGACAAGUGACGUCCUGAGCAAGACUGGAGUUUCAUCCUUCACACGGAAAGCUCAAACGGUUCCCAAACCAAAUCGGAGGAGAGUCUCUUUCGUCCUGUUUGAGCUUCACGGCUGUUCCUGAAGCAGCCGCCAUUUCUCGUGUGGCACUCUCAGGUUGUGUAGCAGUGUGUUGUGUAUCGAAGAGGACUCAAGGCAUUAUGUUUAUAAAUGGAUCUGUGUUUCUGAGGAGAAGCAGACUGUAAAAAAAAAAAAAAAAAAAAAAAAUUAAUGAGGAUUCGUCUAAAAUCAUUUAUGUUGGAUUUUAUAUAAAUGUAUAUUAGAGUCAGACGAAGAAAACAAAAAAACAAAAAAACAAAAAAAUCAGAAAAAAUUGGGAUUAAAAAAAAAAAAAAUCAGAUUUCUUACCUGUAUAUUAAUAUCACCUUGUUUGGAAAGCACAUUUCAUUUGAUGAAGGCUCACUGUUGUUUGUAAACGAGAAAUAACUCUCUUGCAUAACUUAAACGUGUGUCAAAGCGUCGUCGAGCCACACCGGCGAUCACCUAUUUAUAUUUUGUAUUUGUGGGAAAAGGGUCACAGGAAGGAAAAUGCAUCUGGAUCCGUGUUCUGUGGCAGCUCCUGUGUCUUCAAAACAGGAACAAGAGAUGAUUUUUAAUUUUUAGAAAAAGUAUAUAUAUACAUAUAUCUAUCUUCCUCAUGCGUUUGUACGUGAUUCGAUUUCCACCAACUCACCUAAUCUGCUGCAUCUUUAAGGAAAUGAUCCAGUUGUGAGCAUGAAGAUGUUUGUAUUCUAUUCUUUUCUUUUCCAAGUGCCAGUUUUCUUUUCUUCGUGGAGUCAUUUGGGUGUUACUUAAUCCGCUCGUGCAGGAAGAUGGUAGCUGGAGACGAGAAGGACAGCGCUGUAAAUUAAAGAUGGGGUCUUAUAGUACAUAUAUAUUUUUUACAGUCGAGAUGCAGAAUCGUCGUUGCCAUUGCAGAGAAAUCGAACCCCGUCUGGUUUACAUGCGUCUGUCACUCGAGGCGAACGGCAUGUGCCUGCGUUCAAGUCCGAGUUGAUUUUUGAUUCCUUUUUUUUUUUUUUUUCUUUUUUUGUUUGUGACGUAUGUGACUUUGUAAAGCUUGCAUAUUUUACAGUGUUUACAAAGAUGUACGUUGUGGUAAAAAAAAAAAAAAAAAAAAAGUCAAUGGUGUUUUAAAAAAAAGCAUCGUUCCUGUAUGUUAAAACCCAGACUUCUAGAAGGAAAAAAAAAAAAUGUCGUCAUAACCCGAACAACCCCUCCUGUGUGUCGUCAGACGUGCGUGCUUUCAUCGGACGAAGUCCCACAUUGACCGUCUCCUCCUUCUCGAAUGCACUAGCACAACCAAAGGAUCGGGAGUUGUGCUCAUCGUUUCUAAAGUAAUAAAGGGCUCUCAGUUGUGUGAAUGUGCAGCCCGCCCCCAACAGUUGUAGAUUCGCAGAACGCAGAGCCACGCGUCUGUGCCGUUAAAAUCCACGGACACAAAUACACACACGCCAACACGCGGAAUCAAGACAAACCUACCUGUGUAGACACAACCGAUUCAAGACCGUGAAACAAAAGUAACUGAGUAGCAGAUGUGUUUGUACCUAUCAUGUGCCUUAAUCUUUUCCAUGCUAGAUAAAGAGAACUGUGUUUUAUAUAACUCCCAUUCCACAAAUUCCCUUUCCUUUCUCCAACCCCCAGUGUCAGACUCCUUACCCUCCCUGACCCCCGCCAUUCAGCUCAUCCAUCUAUCUAUCCAUCCAUCCAGGCCCUUCUGCCCCAACUUCCACCUCACUGUCCCCCUCCUAUGUAGUUUAGACUGUUUGCGGGUUGCUGCCUUGAUUUACAUUGUAAUAUAAACUUUUAAUGAGGUAGAGAGCAUUUGACAAAUGGGUUUGAUUUCCUAGAGAAGUAAAGCCGUCGGAGCUUUCGUAGCUAGCAGGAGCGAUGCCACAGUGACAGAAUGUAAUAUGUUAAUUUUACUAAUACCCAGAGGCAAAUAUUACGCUUGUUAAACAUAAUGGAAAAAUACUGGUUUGUAGAGUAUAAAUUUGGUGUGUUUUCAAUAAAUCAUGCCUGGAAAUUAA